AUGUUGUUUUAUUUUCGUCAUUUCAUCUAUAAUGCAAUGAAACAUAUUGUUGAUGAAUAUGGAACUAUCGAAUAUCGUCGAUUGCAUUAUGCCGAUCUCAUACUUUAUCUUUAUUGGCUGAUACGAGCAUUAUUCGUUUUAUUAAUGUUUCUGAAUCCAGAAACAUUUCCAUUAUAUCGUUAUGAUUAUGUUUCAUUAUAUUUCUGGGAUCAUCGUAGAAUUCUGAAUAAAUUCUUCGUCAUUAUAGUUUUAUUAUUAAUAAUGAUCGGUUUGCUUUGUAUUAAAACAUUUUAUUUUCCAAAACAACAAAAUGAAUUCCGGUUUCAAGUUAUAUAUGAUUGUAUCGUUCAUAAUACUGAUCAAUAUUAUAAAAGUCUUGAUAGCGAUGAUAAUGUUGCCAUCAAAAUAUCCAGACGUCUGAAUAAUUAUCAACAACAAUUUGCUCGUGACCAUCGUUUAUUAUCACAAAUCACACCUAUUGCUAAACGUAUGGUUUCAUUCAAAGUUUGGCGUGAUUCAUGGCUUGAAAUGGAUCGUGUUGAUAGAAUUUUAUUCAAAAAAAAUAAAAUGAAGCUAUUUCCUUAUGCAACUUUCAAAGGACGUUCUUAUAUAGUGUUGUUCAUCUUGUUUGUCGAUCGUGUUAAUUAUAUUGGACAUUUAUUAUAUAUUGUUUAUCAACUGUUCUCUUAUGAAUUGGUCCAGAAUUCAUUGGUGAUGAAAAUUGGUCUAAUAAUUGAAACGACAAUUUUCAUUUAUAAUGCAUUUCUAUUAAUCCAAUCAGCAAUGCUUCUCGCUUGUUCAAUAAUGUCAACAUAUCAAGCAUUUCAGAGUGGAUUAUCAUAUCUGAAUCAAAUGUUUGUUUCAAUAUUGGAUAAAUCACGUCACCAUAAUGGAAAACCAAUCAACAGGAAAGAUGUGCUGAAUCUUGGUUUCAUUUAUCGACAACAUAAUAUAUUAUCUUAUUAUAUUUUACAUGAUGAUAAAAAUACCUGGAGUCAAUCAUUAUACUAUUAUGCAUUGAUUAGCAUACCAAUCAAUAUAACAUUGUUGUGUGAAUUAAUCGUGGAAGAUAUACCGGCACAAACGGAAUUUGUAUUCAUUGUAAUUGCUGUUAUACAUGCUAUUACCGGUGUUAUUCCAUUUAUGGCCCUGGCACAUGUAUCCAGAUCAUUUCAUAAAAUCCGUGAUCAUAUCUUGCCUAUGCAGCUACAAUUAAAACGUAAUUAUUUACGAACAAAAUUGAAAUAUGAUGAUCUCUAUGAACGUUUGAUGCAUGGUAAAAAAAUUGCCUUUACAUUUGGCUAUCUCGGUAAUCUGACGUAUCGGGGAUUAUUCGAAGCAUUCCUUGGCUAUAUUGCCGCUUUCUUUCUCAUGAUGGGUUUCUAUAUGAAAGAACAUUCAUCAUGA